CCGCCCACAUUAAGGGAUGCCUGAAACUGCGCAGGGCAAAAGCGACCCUCUAACCGGGCUGGACAGCAACAGUCCUGGGUAAUUAGAUUUCGGCGUCACAAAAGACAAAACACUCACGUAAUUUCGUUUUAAAACAAACCCGUACUUCCAGAACUAAGGACAUUAAACGACAUUUAUCUGGUGGUGUUUGAUUUCAAGAACGCCAGCUGACCCACGAGAGCAAGAAAUCACUCAUAAACCGAGCAGAAGUUGACCGAAGUUUCUCAGAAUUCAUCAUGGAGGAGAAGAAGGAGGAGAGCGAAGCGGAGAUCCACGAACACGGACCCGAGCACUGGUUCUCCAAAUGGGAGGGCCAGUGCCUCGCGGAAGCCGAGACUGAAGAACCGACCGAGGAGGAGGUGGACCAGAACCAAGAGAAACUCUGGCAUCUCUUCCAGAAUUCCGCUACGGCGGUGGCGCAACUUUAUAAAGACCGAGUCUGUCAUCAGCAAGGACUGUCAUUGUGGUCUCCGUUUCAGAAUGCUGCAACAGCAGUGACUAAUCUUUACAAAGAAAGUUUAGAUGCACACAAGAGGAGCUUUGACUUAGGAAUCCAGAUUGGUCAUCAGCGACGUAAUAAAGAUGUUUUGGCCUGGGUAAAAAAGCGAAGGAGAACUAUACGAAGGGAGGAUUUGAUAAGUUUCCUCUGUGGUAAAACGCCACCACCAAGGACUUCUAGAGCAGCCCCCAAACUGACUGUCAUGUCUCCCAACCGACCACCAUCAUCAGACACAGUAUCAUCUGUAGAGACUGAUUUACAGCCAUUCUGUGAGGCCAUAGCACUACAUGGACUUAGUGGUGCAAUGGCCGGCAUCAGCGUCCGCUCCAGCACUCCCGGCUCUCCGACUCAUGUCAGUGGCAGCUCAAAUGCAGGGCGCAGAAGGAACGGACUGCACGAUGUGGACUUGAACACUUUUAUAUCUGAGGAGAUGGCCCUCCACCUUGGCAGCGCAGGCACCAGGAAGCGGACCUCGGUCCAGUGCGCCGAUGUCAUCUCAGACUCCCCGACCCAUAAACGCAACAGAAUGCUCUGAACUCAGUUGUUGUUCUCUAUGCUUUGUGCUGCUUAAAAUAAAAGCCACUUGAUCCUCAACACAUGCGUUUCCUCAAAAGGAAACAAGGGGUGCAGUACACGUGCAUAUUCAAUACAGGAUGCCAUACAGUGGAGGCUAGUUCAUACCGCUCCAUGCAUGUCGAUUUUUAUUAGAUUUUUUUGCAGUCACCACACCACAGUCAAGUGACUGCAUUAUGUUUUUGAGUUGUAUGCUAUCAGCCCCGUUUUAUUGAAAACAUAUUAACUAAAACAUUACAAUAUCUAAUAGGCUAUUUUUAGUUCACAAUAUCUCCUUAGUUGCGCUUCCUAGUAUUGUCAAGCUAAUAACUCAAUGUUUGUUUUCAGAUAAAGGUGUCUGCAUUACACUCGUAAAAAUAAACCUGCUUCACGAUGCCAUAGAAGAACCCUUUUGUCUAAAUGGUCCCAAAAAGACGUUUGACAUCUGAUGGACCUUUCUGUUUCACAAAAGGUUCUUUGUGGCGAAAGAAGGUUCUUCAGAUUACAAAAAGGUAAGAAAGAGAUGGUUCUUUGUGGAACCAAAAAUGGUUCUUUUUAUGGCAUUGCUGUGAAGAACCUUUAUUUUUAAGAGUGUAGCUCAUUUCCCAUCAGUAUGUUUUCAGUUCUCCUUUGCACAUGAAGUUCUUUUGUGAUCAGCUUAGAAAUGUGCUACAUUAUUAGACUUACUUGAAACUGCUGCUGAUCUAUAUGUUUGUGUUAUGUUGAGAAAGUUGCAAUAAUGAUUUUGCACUAAUACUUUUUUUAAGUGAACCAUAUAGACAUCAAAAAAAAAAGUCAAAGGAAAUGAGGCUUAUGAUACAAUGGUGCAAUUGUUGAUAUUUUACAUUUCAAGGCUGUUGCGAUUUGGUUUACGGGUUAGGUGAAUCUUUGUGCUGUUAGAAUGAUGUUCGACUGAGAUUUCUCUCAGGAGAAGUGUGGAAGUAGAGAAAAUUGAAGGGUCCUUUAAGUGCUUUGCAAUCCCAGGUCAGAGGAUUUGGAGAGCUGCACAUGUACAGUCCAGCUUCGUGCUGAUGUAUGGAAGUCAAGCUGUGCUAUGACUCCCUUAAAAGUAGAAAUAUAAAUUAAUAAGAGCUCAUGGGUGAUGAAAGUGUGUGCUCUUUUGGCUGAUGCACUAAUAUACCACUCUUGAUUUAACAUGAUGGGUUGUCAUUAUUUCUUAUAUACGAUACUUUAGAUCGAAAGGCCAAUCAGUCCUCACGCUGACGUAGUGUUUGGCAUGUCAGGUGAUUCUGGUGGUGGGAAUCAUGACGUGGAGUGUAUUUUCUGUCAUAUCCCAGUCAAACUGCUUUAUGCAUACAUAUUUAAUUACAAAUGUUUCAGAGCCAGUUUGAUUUAUUUCUGUAAUAUGAAUAUUGGCUGUUUGGUUAUUGAUUUCAUUACUAAUUCCAUAAACAUUUUUUUUUCCAUAAAUGAACAUGGAUCUAAUAUUGAUUGCUCUGAAAAGGAAAUGUUUAUCACUGAUUGAAUUGUCACGCAAUGCAUUUUGUUAAUUUAAAGGUCAGGAUGUAAAGCUAACAUUUUGUUAAUGUCGUGUUGGGAAUAUUAGUCUUAUUCAAAACAUCAAUGAAACCACAGUUGCCAUUUUUGACAAACUUUAACAGGCUAAGUUAUUAAAGUUACAUUUGUAUAUUCACA